GCAAAUGUUUUCUAUGUGUAAAAAGGCUUUCUCAUGGGAGCACAUGGGGGAUAACAUAGUGUUUCAUCUAAGUUACUCGGAUCUUUUGAAUCAUCUCGCUAAAAAUAAAAAACGAUUUGUCCAUGUUAUAAUAGUAGGCUAUGCUGUUUUGAAAUUUAGCCAGUCAGACUGGAAAGCAAAUCAGUGAGAACUGUCCAGCGCGAAAGAAAAAAAUAUCCCUUGACAAUAACGUGGACGUUUUACAUUUGAAUAUUGAUGAUCCCGAGAAGCUUAUAAUGUAAUUGAAUACAAACUGUUAUUUUGGCUCAUCAGACCACAUGGUGUCGCUGUUGAUUUUAACUCGACGCUCUUAUGGCUCUCCUUUCCUUGAUCACAGAAGAACAUGUCACGUGCUGUGUGUGUACGCCAGUUAUAACCUUGAGUGCUGAUUCUUAUAUGUAUCUGUUGAUGGGUUUUCAACACUACUACAGUAAGAAUGUUACAGAUGAAAAAUCGUAUGAAAUACUGCUCUGUCGCAAUCGCUGCGAACAGACUGGUUUCAGGACCGGUGAAGAACCCUGUUGUCUUUAUGGAUAUUGCAGCUGACGGCGAGUUCAUUGGAAGAAUUAUUAUUGAGCUUUAUGCUGACGUUGUACCCAAAACAGCUGCAAAUUUCCGGGCCCUUUGUACAGGAGAGCAUGGCUUUGGAUAUAAGGGCUCAGUAUUCCACAGAAUCAUCCCUGAGUUCAUGUGUCAGGGUGGAGAUUUCACUAAUCAUAAUGGCACUGGUGGAAAAUCUAUUUAUGGAAAGAAAUUUAACGAUGAGAAUUUCAAGCUGAAACACACUGGACCAGGGGUUCUGUCUAUGGCAAACUCUGGGCCAAACACAAAUGGAUCCCAGUUUUUCAUCUGCACUGCAAAAACAGAAUGGCUCGAUGGCAAACACGUUGUUUUCGGGCAGGUCAAAGAGGGAAUGGAGACGGUCUCUGUAAUGGAGUCCUGCGGCCUACAUGAUGGAGGAACUGUAAAGAAGAUCGUCAUCACAGAUUGUGGAGAACUCAAGUAACCAAGGAUCUGCAUUCUUUCAAUGUGAUCAAAGGUUUUCACAACAAACUGCUUAUGCAUGCUUAUGCAUAUAAUU